AGUAAACAGUGCACCAAGAACUAUUUGUGAACGCAAGAUGCUGGGUUGAUUGAAUAAAUUUUCACCGAUCCCAUCCUAAUCGGUUAUGGAUCGUCAAGGAACUUACAAUAACAAAUUAUGCUGAGGUGUCAAAAUGUGUAGUUGACUGUUGGUGACAGCUCCACAGUCGAGGUGCCAUGUUCUCUUUCAGCCCAGAAGAGAAGCAUGCUCUUCUCCUCUCAACUUUGGCAGGCUUGUCAACCUCCAUCGGUGGGGCGAUUGCGAUCAUCAAGCGGCCUGGCCCUGGCUUGCUUGCCUUCCUCCUAGGAGUGGCUAUAGGCGUGAUGUUUACGCUGUCCGCGGCCGAAAUGUACAUUAGGAAUGCUUAUGAGCACGGUUUCUGGAGCAUCACUGCUUCUGUUCUGGGAGGAGUGGCCCUGUACUACUUUCUGCAGCCCUUCCUGCCUGACUUUGUGGACCACAACCAUGACAAGAAGGAUUCAGAGGGGGAGAGCAUCACAGGGAAUGAAGACAAGCAACAUCUUAGAUCAGGCAAUGGUGCACUGCUGAGGAGCGUGUCAGCAGAAAAGGGCGGCUCAGGAGCGGUGCAGGACAGCCCUAGGGAGAGGCUGUCACCCAGCACUUCGCAGCGAGCAUCCCCAUCUUCAAAGCCCAGCAGCGAUGCUCCUGCCGCUCAACCGACCGCUGCCAAGGCAGCGGCUAUUCGGGCGGCGGCCAGCGAGAAGCUGCGGUCGGCGGAGCUGCUGCGGCUCGGCUUCGUCAUGGCGCUCGCCAUGACGCUGCACAACAUGCCUGAGGGCUUUGCGGUGGCCUUCUCGGCAUUUACAGACUUUGGAGCCAUCAUGGCGCUGGCAAUAGCCGUCCACAACAUUCCUGAGGGUGUCAUUGUGGCGGCGCCUGUCUUUGCUGCAACAGGCAGCCGCUGGAAGGCCAUGGGUGUUGCUGUGGCAUCGGGUCUGUCUGAACCGGUCGGGGCGCUGAUAGCGCUAUUGUUCGUCAAGCCAUUCCUGACACCAAACUUGCUUCAGUACAUGCUUGCGUUUGUCGGCGGAAUAAUGAUCUCUGUAUGUGGGCUGGAGCUGUGGCCAGAGGCAAGGAAGUGUGAGGAUGACUGGAGGCUAGGGCAGGGCGUGCUAGCUGGGACUGUCAUCAUGGGCUGGACGCUGUAUAUUGGCAUCUGAGCUUUAAGCAUUCUGCAUUUGUAUAUGUUUUUUUCUAAACCUUGUGACGCAAAGAUUCUGUUACAAUUGAUGAAUCCUCGAAAGGCAUGCUUCAGGAGAACAAUCUGAUGCCAUAUAUGAUCGACUAUAGACAACGAUAUCAUAUUGAGCCUGAAAUGCAUGACUCACUCAGAAAGCUGAUUGUUGCUAGUCGUUGCAAUCUGCCAAGUUGAAAUAUCAAAAGCUGUGGUUACUUUUAAGGUGGAUCUGGUCC